AAAAAUCUGUCUCUGUCUGAGUCAUUUGUUUAACGGAACGGAUUUUCUAUUGUUUAUGAAGUGGCUUAUAGCAUUUCAUUCUUGUUUGCUCUAUCAGACGUUUUAUGUGAUUAUUAAGUCACACAAAUUUUUCGUUCGAUCAAUUGGUAUCAUAUUUUUGGUUUGAUAUUUGGCGCGCGCGUGUAUGUGUCUGUGUGUAUUAGAUAUAUGUGUGAGAUAUUAGUUGAUCGAAUGCAAAAGCGAUUAAUUGACUUGGUGAAAAAUGAAUUACGAGAAUAUUAAAGAAAAACACACGUAGAAAAAACAAAAACAAAAAUAAAGCGCAACAUACAACGGAGUGUUCCACCAUACACACCAUCUACCCACAAUAACAAAUCGUCGACAUCAAAAAAAAAGAAGAAGUAGCUAAAUAAUUUCUCUACAUAUAGAUCCAUGACGUCGACACAACACCACAUCGCAUUAUUACAGUUCAUUUUUCAAUCGCUAUGUGCAUGGUAAGUGGCAAAUUGUUUUGUGCAUUGAGAAAAAUAUUUCUUUCAUUCAGUUUUGGUUGUCUACUUCUCUUCUGUGCUUGUGUGGUUUUUCUUUUGGGGUGUUAAAUUGACUAAAAUGAGAAUUUUUCAGUAGUAAGUAAUUAGUGUCUGUGACAGAAGCUCAUACACCAAACAAAACAACACUUGAAAAAUCGGAGACAACAAAAAUACAUUUCAAUAAUUUUGCUUUUUAUUGACAACGGUUAUAAUUACACAUAUCAUAAAUCAAAGGUGUAAUGAACGUGUGAAGUGUUUGACGAUAUGUUUUAACCAAAACCUCAAUCGGUAAUUGAAAUGGCAAAUUGAGAUUUAUUGCGGUUACAAAUCACAAGAAUACCCUCGAUCAAUGUGAUGUGCAUAGAAUUUCUUUGUGUGUUUUCAUAUUCCACAUUUUCAUUUCAAAUUUUUCACGGCGAUGAUGCAGAUGAAUUUCCAAUUAAACGAAUUCAAAAGCCAAACAUUAAGCAAAGAGUCACAGUUUCAUGGGCAAUCAUAAUUGCAAUAAUCAUCAUAAUAAUAAUAGUAAAACAAAAGCAAAAAGAAGGAAACCGAACAGAAGCACGAUAGCCAUUUGGUAGUGUGUUUUUCUCUGGUUCGGCCAAAUGGUUUGUUUGUUAUAAGUUCAGAGGUUAAAUGUCGCGGUGUGUGUGAGUGUUUGUUUGUGUGUUGGCACCUGUGUGUGUGUGUGUGUGUGUAGUUGAAACAAUGAAAAUUGUGUCAAGUGCGUGGCAUAGAUUUUCCAGACGGUGGAUUAUUUAAAUGAGGAAAUACUUGCGGGGUGGCUCAUGCUUCUCUAAAUUUCACAUGAAACAUUUACAUGCCAUGAAAAUUGAAAAUGAGCACUUUUCAAUGCAAGAAAAACAUGGGUGAGAAAGGGAAAGAGAGUGAGAAAUAGCCUGAAAUUGAAUUUUCCUUGGCCACACUGAGUAUUUUUUUUUUGUUGCUCUUCAUAUUAUUUCAGUGUGCACUGCUCGACUUUGCUGUGUGGUGAUUGACGGUCGUCGCCAUUUACGGCAUUCUCGCCAUCGUCAUCACAAUUCAGCGAGGUAUUAUCGGUAAAAAAGACAAACAUACAAACUUUUUUCGCUGUCUUCUUCGAAAUUACACACACAAAACAUAAGUUUAUUCAACGAAAUGAAAACAGAACGAAAUAAACCGAAAUAAACAGAGAACGAAAUAAACAGAGAGAAAGAGAAGAAGAUGAAAAAUGGCUUGAAAAUACUUUUUUUUCACAGAUCAAACAGAAAAUUGUUUCAUUUAUUCACGCAUCGACUCGUGAUCGAACUCAAUUUGGUGGAAUCUGUGAAAUAAUAAGCCCAUUACUGGAAGUCAUAAUUAACGCACACCAUGCAUGCAUGGAAGAAAUCACAGAAAAAAAAUUACUCUCGCUCUCUAAGACUUCGACUGCACCGUUUUAUUUUUGAUCACUUAAUUUCCCUCUGAUUGUAUGUUACAGAAAAUGUGAUCGAGCAGCAGAAAAAAGAAGACUUCAUCAUUUUUUUUCGAUUUUCAAACCCUAAACAAAAAUCAAUCAGGUUGAAUCUAUCACAUUUCUUAUCUCUUUGGGUGUUGAUUCAAUGAAAAUGUUGAGUGGCGCGCGCGCUUAAGACACACAGUGAAAUGGAAUAGUGUGCGAAUGGUCUGAUUAUAAAUUGAUUAAUUUGCAUUAAUAAAAAUUCGAUCGGAUCGAGUACAUGCCAUUUGCGAAGUGAGAUAUUUAAAUAGUUGCGAGUCGAAUUUGCGUUUUGUGUGUGUGUGUGUGUGUUUUUUUUUCGUUUCGGUUUUUUGUGUUUUUGUGCUGAGGUCCAGUGGGCAAAUUAAGCGCGUAAAAAUGAGUAUACGUUUCGAUAAUGGCAGCAUCUCGGAAAAAUGCAUGAUACGCACAAACACACGAAUCAUCACGAAUCUUUAUGAAGGAAUUCCAGAAACACUGUUGCUCAACAUAAUCGGCUGGACGAUAUUGAUAUUGCUGUUUUCGGUGUUGCGACAACAGGCAUGGGACUACGGUCGAUUAGCAUUGGUCAGUACGAAUGGUGACAAUAAACGAUGGACACAAUUAUUCUAUGCACCAACAAGUGAUGAAGGUGGCGGCAGUAAUAAAAUGAAUGGCAGCGCAAAUCGGAAUGCAGGGAACGGAAGCACAGCAACGAUUAACAGCACCGCCAGCAAUGGAACAUCAUCGGCUGGACCUAGCGGCAUCGAUAUGACAAGCGGCAGCAGCAGCACAUCAAUCCAUGAAACCAUUCAACGCAGCUCCAGCCAAAACACACACAAACAACAGUCGAUCGACCGUGGUUUCCUGUCAUGGCUACCGGCCACCAUACGAUUGACCAGAGAUCAAAUUCUUGACCACAGCGGGCCAGAUGCCGUGCAUUAUUUGAGCUUUCAACAGCACCUAAUGUGCGUUAUGGGAAUCAUCACGCUGGUGUCGCUGCUGAUUGUGCUGCCGGUGAACUGCACCGGUCAAUUGGCUGGUGAUAUUUGGUCGUUUGGACAUUCAACCAUAUCCAAUUUAGAAGGAAAUAGCCUAUUGCUUUGGGUACAUGUUUUCAUUGCCAUUGCAUACGUUCCGUUAGUUGUGCUAAUAAUGCGUCGUACAUCGGGUCGAAAUGCAUUUAAAACGGCCGCAUCGCGAACCGUCAUGAUUACCGACCUUUCACGCAGCGAUCGUUGCAAAAGCAAAGAGGAACUUCUUAACUAUUUCCAAGAGCUUUUUCCCGAUGUCCAAAUCAAUGCAUUCGAAUUGGCCUACAACAUAUCCAGAUACACUGAGGUGUGUAAAGAGUUUGAACGUGUAUCAGACGCCCGAAUAUACUGUGAAAUGCAUAAGAAUCAUCGACCGGUACGAGCGAUGCCGAAUUUAUGCUCAUGCAAAACGGUCGAUGGGCUUGAAUACUACAAAGACAUGGAGGAACGUUUGCGCGGUGAAGUGGCUCGACUUCGGGCACAUGCUAUUAAUGAACCGGUUGGCAUCUUAUUUUUAACCGUUAACACCACCGAUGUCGCCAAGCGUAUGAUUGGACAAUUCAAAGCAUUGAGCAAUAAGGAAUGGAACUUGAGCUAUGCACCAUCGCCGGAAGAUAUUUUCUGGGAAAAUUUAAAUAUUCCAGUACAUAAAUGGUACAUUAAAUGGACCAUUGUGAAUUUGAUUCUGUUUUUCUUCUUAUUCUUCUUGACAACGCCCGUGCUUAUUGUCAGUUUAUUCGACAAAUUCACAAUGAUGAAGAAAACCACCGACACCAUCAACACAAUCAGCCCAUUGAUAUCGGAAUUCUUACCCACGCUAUUGCUGUGGACAAUGGCCGCACUGUUGCCCGUCAUCGUCACAUUCUCCGAUAAAUGGCUGUCGCAUUGGACACGAUCCAAGCAAAACUAUUCAAUCAUGACCAAAACCUUUAUCUACUUACUGUUUAUGAUUUUGAUCUUACCAUCGAUGGGAUUGACCAGUGCACAGGCAUUGGUUGAAUGGACGCUACAGCAUAAUGACAACGACACCUUGCAUUGGGAAUGCAUCUUUUUGCCGGACAAAGGUGCAUUCUUUGUCAAUUAUAUCAUAACUGCCGCUUUAAUUGGUACGGCCUUGGAAUUGCUACGUUUUCCCGAGCUCAUCGUUUAUAUGUAUCAAUUGUGUGUGGCCAAAUCACGUGCGGAGACAUCACACAUUCGUAAAUCGAUUCUAAUCGAAUUUCCAUUUGGUAUUCACUACGCUUGGACCGUGCUUGUGUUCACCAUUUCAACGGUUUAUAGUGUGAUUUGCCCAUUGGUUAUGCCAUUCGCUAUGAUUUACAUUGUUUUAAAGCAUUACGGCGAUCGGCACAAUUUGUACUUUGCCUAUGGGCCAAGCAACAUGAUUAGCCAGAGCGGUGGACGCAUUCAUUCUACAGCUGUUACCAUGACAAAAUGCUCAGUGGUCUUAUUGCUUGUUAUUUUGGCUGGAUUAUCAUCAGUUCGUGGUGGCCGAGUAGAUGCCCGUACCAUUGUAUUGGUGAUUGCCCUUUGUGUAACGUUGACGUUGUUCACAUUCAUGUCACCGAUUAAGAAGUGUACAACACGACGGCCGAACAUCCAUGAAAUCGAUGGACCAGCGCCGGUAUAUGUGGCACCAGUGCUACGCAAUAGACGCUUAGAAUUAGCAAUUAAACAGCAUCAGACACCGACACAUGCCAGCUACGGCACCGAUGAGGUCGACAUAGAAGAUAUAAUAAUUAAUAACAUGGGUGAAGAGUCACCGAUACGCGGCAACCGGGUGCGAAACAUUCAUACGUAAUUGUAAUUCGUACGCAGUGAGAUUAUUAGGUGCAGUGUGUGUGUGUGUGUGUGCUCGCAUAUCCAUGCAAUAAUGCAGCAGCAAAUGAUAGCAACACAUACGACAAGCUACACACCCUUAUUUUGUAAUUGAUAGGAAAAUAUUAACCUAUUACAUGAGAGAAACAUAGUGAUAAAUUAUGAGGAGAUGGAUAUACACGUAUCCGAAACAUUUUUUUUUUUUGUAUUUUCUUGUAACAAAGAAUUAUUUGCUAUAAUCGUCCUUAUUAUUAUUAUUAUUGUAAUAACCAUUAAAUUAUUUUCUUUUGGCUGAUGAUUUUUACCCGAGCAAGUGAAAAACACCCAAAAAAACUAUUAACAAUCUUUGUAUGAUGCAUUCGAUUGUGUUAUGUUUAAGUGUGAAUUGUCCUCAAACUCCUCUUUGUUUAUAUUUUUUUACUCGUCAUCCUGGACACUUCUACUGUACGUUACGUUUUCCCAGAAGAGAGAUGGAAAGAGGAAAUCGAAAUAAAACGAAAAAAAAAAUGUUUGUAAAUAAUGCUAAUAUUGCAGCUGAAUUAGAUUUUAUACAUUACAUGUACAUUGGUUUGGUUCAGUUUAAUUUUUAAUUUAGCCACCACACUGUCACACACACACCGUUCUUUUUUUUUGUAAUGUUUAACUUAUUUCAACACACACACGCAGCGAGUAAACAAUCAACUCUGACUAAUUUAUUGACCUAUCGAUUUAAAAGUAUCGAAUAAUAAAUUAUUUGAGAAACUCGAAUUAAAACAUACAUAAUAAAAAUAUGAAAAUAAUUAUGAAAAAGAAUGACAGAAGAACACAUAGAGACAGACAGAAAAAACAAA